UGACCCUCAUGUCGUGCCCGUAAUCCAUUGUUGGACCCGAGAAAAGCCGGCAUUUUGGACUGUUUAGGCAUAAGUAAAAUAGCGGUCAACCGUCCAUCCCUACGGCACGCACAGCCAUGUCUCACCACCUUCUCUUAUAGGUUAGUCUAAGAGGCAAAAGAAAGAGAAAAACAUCCCAUAAAAAGAAGCACAUCCCCAACACCAAACCAAACAAACACAAGCACAAACAGUACCAAACCAUGACACGGCUUGAAGCAAACAUAUUAAUAGUCAUCCAUUUUCAUGGCCAAAAUCAUCAUAGUUCGUGAGAAGAUGACACAGAUUUGUAGAAAGAUUAAUCUUCACGUUACUAUCAAGUGGAGUAUACUCGAACGUGUAUCAGUUUUCAGACAGUUUUUUCAGUUUAUUUGGGAUAGAAUUCUUGCUUGUUCAAUAGGUAAGCCUGUUAGGUAUCGCCGGCUUACUCGCCAGCCUUCCUCUCCACCGCCGGAGGCUAUUGAAGCUGGUGGCUUUGCCCCAUCGGAGGAGCUCUCCUCGAGGUUUAGUGGGUACAACGCAGAUUCUGAUUUAGUUCCUUUGAAGAUCAGUUUGUUGGGUGAUUGUCGGAUUGGAAAAACUAGCUUUGUGGUCAAGUAUGUAGGGGAUGAGCAAGAGAAGAAAUGCUUGGAGAUGACAGGAUUGAAUUUAAUGGAUAAAACAUUAUCUGUUCAAGGUGCAAGGAUCACAUUCAGCAUAUGGGAUGUAGGAGGUGAUAGUAGGUCACUUGAUCAUGUUCCUAUUGCCUGUAAAGAUGCAGUAGCAAUUUUGUUCAUGUUUGAUCUUACUAGUCGGUGUACUCUUAACAGUGUUGUUGAAUGGUAUAGUCAAGCAAGAAAAUGGAAUCAGACAGCAAUUCCCAUACUAAUAGGGACUAAAUUUGAUGAUUUUGUCCAACUUCCCCCCAAUUUGCAAUGGACAAUAGUUACUCAGGCAAGAGCAUAUGCAAAGGCAAUGAAGGCAACCCUUUUCUUUUCAAGUGCUAAACACAACAUAAAUGUGAACAAGAUCUUCAAAUUUAUAAUGGCAAAGCUCUUUAACUUGCCUUGGACAUUAGAGAGAAACUUGACAAUUGGAGAGCCUAUAAUUGACUUUUAAAGUAUACUUUAGCCAUUGAUCUUUCUUCUGUACAUAGCCUGAAGAGAAGGAAAAGGAAAUUCAAAAAAAAAAAAAGAAAAGAAAAGAAAAAGAAAACAGAACAAGAAAGAAGAAACAUCCCAAGCUUGAGUAGAUUGAUUCUGCAGGUCCUCUUGUUUUUCUUUUAAUUAGUUAAUCUUUUUAUAUAUAUUCUUUUUCCUUUUAACUUCACACUCCCUGUUUAAGUAACUUGAAUUGUAGCAACAAAGUUUCUUGAUUUAAAAGAAGAAAAUAUGUGACUCACACAUAAAAAGAGGUGACAUUUUAUAUA